AUGGCGAAAAGAAAGAGAAAUAUAGCUGCUAAUUCGGUGCCUGCGGUGGCAGUAUCAUCUGUUCCAACGAAGAGAUUGAAGCAAACUGUCACGCCCAAGCCCAAUUCCUCCAAACCUACUACCAUCCAAAUCAUAACUGGAUCUUACGACCGAGUCCUUCAUGGCAUCACCACCACAAUACGCUCCGAUGAUGACGUCCAGUUUGCAGAUACUUUCCUCUUCAACGCUCAUACUUCUGCUAUUCGAACUCUAGCACUCUCUCCUCCUUCUGCUCCAGUUCCUAAGCAAUCACAAAAGAUCAUCCUCGCAACCGGCAGUACUGACGAGCGCAUAAAUCUCUACCACAUAUCCGCACACCCUCCAUCUAAAAUAUCAGUUCCUGCGAUUCCCUCCCUCACAUCUAAGGCCGUUGUAGAGAAUCCACAAAACCGCGAACUAGGUUCCCUACUCCACCAUGCCUCUUCAAUCACUGCCCUAUAUUUCCCAACCCGAAGCAAGUUAAUGAGCUCUGCAGAAGACUCUACAAUUGCUGUCACGCGAACGAGAGACUGGAGUUUGUUAAGUACUAUCAAGGCGCCAAUACCGAAAGCAGUAGGCAGGCCCAGCGGUGAUACUGCACCGCUGGGGGGGCAACCAACUGGAGUCAAUGAUUUCGCGGUGCAUCCGAGUAUGAAACUUAUGCUAACCGUGGGAAAAGGAGAGAAGUCCAUGAGGUUGUGGAAUUUGGUAACAGGAAAGAAGGCGGGCGUGUUGAAUUUCGAGAGAGAUAUGUUGGGCGAGGUGGGAGAAGGAAGAUUUGCUAGCGGAGAGGGAAGAAGAGUCGCAUGGGGUAACACGAAAGAGGGUGGAGAGGAAUUUUGUGUGGGAUUUGAAAGAGGACUACUGGUUUUCGGGAUGGAUUGUAAAGUCAGGUGCAAGGUGGUACCAGAACCGAGGACCAAGAUCCAUCAAUUGUCUUACGUGCAGGUUGGAGAUGAGGAGGACACACAAGUUCUGGCUGUCUCCACGGAGGACGGAAGAAUAUUGUUCUACUCCACAAAUUCCGGGGACUUGGAAACUAUCGAGGCUGCCGAAGGCAAAACACAACCAAUACCCGCAGCCAAACUAUUCGCACAACUCGGCGGCAGAGAUGGUGGAGUGUCCGGACGUAUCAAGGACUUUGCCGUCUUGAAUAUCGGAGAAGGCCCUUCAAGAUAUAUCCUUAUCGUGGCAGGAAGCAGUGAUGGCGCUGUCAGAUUAUACAAGUUAUCUACAGCGACAGAUUUGGCCCAAAGUGGAGUGGAAGUCAAACAGGUCGGGAAAUUGAUCGGCACAUACGAGACCGGAAACCGCGUUACGUGUUUAAAGGCAUUUGUUAUGUUACCAACUCCUGAAGGAGUAGAGGACGAAGAAAUUGAGAUAGAUGAGGAUGAGGAUGAGGACGAGGAGAGUGCCGAUAGUAGUAGUGAUGAUAGCGAAUAA